AUGAAGAGAAAGAUAAAGAACUAAAAGAAAAAUGCGCAAAAUCAGAGAAAGUCUAGCUCUGGUAAUGAAAGCCUGGAUCAAAACUCAGUUGUUGAUGAACCUGAUUAAUCUAAAGUUUUGAGCUCCGGAAGUGUCCUAGGAAAAAGAAGAGCUACUCACUCAACUGUAUAGCCACCUUAGUAAUAGAAGUAAGAUAAGAAUGAGAAAAAGGAGGCUAAAUCAUAGAAAAAUUAGGAGCCAUAACCUUAGAAAGCAAUUCUUAAUCUUGGUGGUGAUCAAAAUAGUUAUCAGAUGCAGUAAGAAGAACAUCUAAAGACUAUAGAGCGGGAAAGGAAAUAUAAGUAGAACAAGAAGCUUAGAGAGCAAAAAGAGAAAUAAAAGAAGGAAUUAGACGAAGAGGCUUAGUUUUGGUAAGAGCAAAAGGGAAAGCCAUCUGCAACUGGUCAAGGUUCUAAGAAAGUUGGCAGACCUGGGAAGAAUUAAGAGCAGGCAGAAGAUGAUGAUCUUGAAUCAGACUAUGAAAAUGAUAAGGGUGCUGGAUCAAGAUAUAAUGAGAAGAACGCCAUUGAUAUGAGAAGAGAAGAUGCCGAGUUGGAAAAGAUACUCAGAGACUAUAAUAAUGAAUCAAGAUAGGGAAAGAAAAAGAGGGACUUCUUCUUAGAUAGGCAACUAGAUCUAGCAUACUAUAAAGGAAUUUAACUACCUCAGCAUCUCAAAUGGGUUAGCAUCCAUACUGUAAUAAAUUAAUCAUCAUCUUAAUCUUUAUAGAAAUAAAAUGAAAGUGUAUUGCUUUAAGAAAUACAUGCACUUGAUCUUGAAAUCAAGAGACUAAAAGAGUUAAAAGCAAUGCAUAAGGAGUUUAGAAGAUAUGUAGAGAUGCCAAGUAAUAUAUAAAGGUUUUACUAAUUAUAGUCGGUGUCAUGUCUCGUCCCUGCUAAUGCUGCAAAGGCUGGAGUAAGAAAAAACAUUACUGCACUCAUGAAUAUUGCGAAAAGCCUUGCAAAAAAUAAGAGGAAGCAAUGGGAUAGCCUAAACCUGCAAAGGAAUCAAUCAUUCAAUAGCAAAUUUAAAGUGGUAAUAUCUAACUUUGCUAAUACAUUAAUAGUGCUGAUGAGUACUCUUUCCAAAAUCCAGUAGAAAAAUAAUGGCUCUGGAGAUGGUGGAUUUUUCUUAUAAGGAUCCACCAAUCCUAUAGAUUAAACUCUUCUUCAUUAGCAAACUUUAAACUAUCUUAAUCUGAUUGGAGCUGGAAGUGCCUAUAGCACGACCAAUAUCAUAUUUCCAAUGGUGGAUGAGAGAAACAAAAGAGGCAGACCUCCUAAGAAACCAAAGCCUGUUGAAAAUACUGAUAAUAAGGAGAAACAAGGAUAAAUUUCAAAUCCAGAUAUGAUUAAAUCUAGCAUCCCAACUAAUCAAAUAUAGACUAAUUAGGGUACAUCAGUAAUUCAAGCUGAUUAAGGAUAGAUUCAGUAAAAUAAUUAGGGAUAGCAAUUAGAGAAUUUAGUGAAAAAUGAGACAAACUUCGAAGAAAACAAGACCAUUGUGUGA